AUCUAGCGGCGGCUUCGAGCUGAUUCACGACUUUAUCGGGAUUAAAUGGCCACCAGAAAGCUGUGAGAAAAAAAGGAGGAGGGAGGAUGUCUGUUGAGGUGGACUUGUUGCUGCAGGAGGCUAAAGAAAGCAUCGAGGCGGCCCAGAACUACCGCAGUGAACUCCAGCAGCGUGUGAAUGGCCUCAACCAGGCCCGCAAACAGGUGCGUGGCAGCUCGGGUCAGGCCCGCGAGGCCCUGCGGCGCCACUUCACGGAGCUGCAGGCGGCAGCGAGCCGUCUGCUGUCGGAGCGGCUGGACGCCCUGCUGACCGAGGUGGACGCCAUCGAGGCGGACAGCGUCAAACCGCUGGACGACUGCCAGAGCCUCAUUGAGCACGGCUUGGGGCAGGCCGACGAGCUGCUGAGAGAAGGGGAAGCAGCUCUGCGUUGUGGUCUCGGGGAGAAAGAGGACAAACUGGGCAGUUUCACCAAGAAGGCCAUGCACAUCCAACUGGACAGCCUUCCAGAGGUUCCGGCGCUGGUGGACGUGCCGUGUGUCUCGGCCCAGCUGGACGACUCCCUGCUGGUUCUCCUGAGGGACCGGGUGUCCCGCCUCGGCUCCGUCUCCUCCCACCCGCCGGUCCAGAUAGACGAGCUGCAGGAGAGACCGGGCAGCAUCCUGGUCCGCUGGUGUAAGGUCGACGAGGACUUUGCUCCUGCGGAUUACCGGCUGCAGCAUCGGCGCUCCGGCAGCGGGGGGAGCCAGUACGAGGACGCCUACAUCGGUCGGGACAGUGAGUUCCUGGUCCUCCACCUGGACCCGCACACGGACUACCUGUUCAGGGUCUGCGCCCGCGGGGAGGGCCGCACCGAGUGGAGCCCCUGGAGCAUCCCGCAGACCGGGUACACCACUCUGGCACCGCACGAGUGGUGUCCGGGCUCCGAGGGCUACAUCCUCAGCAGCAGGAGGAACAUCGCUCUUCGCAAUGACUCCUCCCACUCGCGCUGCCCCAUCCUCUACUCAAAAGCACCCACCUACUUCUGCGGCCAGACGCUCACCUUCAAGGUGUGCGCUACAGGUCAGAUGGAUCGGAGGGACAGUCUGGGUGUGUGCGUGGACAGCAGGAAAGGAACGGAGUCUCUGCAGAGAGAUCAGGCCGUCUGCAUUUCCACCAACGGAGCCGUGUUCGUCAACGGUAAAGAGAUGACCAACCAGCUGCCGGCCGUCAUGUUGGGCUCGGCCGUGACCUUUGACAUGGAGCUAGUGAACCUGUUCCCCGUCAGCAACAACAACCUCAGCGAGGGGGGGGGCCACUUCAAGCUGCGGGUCACCAUCGGCUCCGGGAAUCGGGAGGUAGUGUUUGAUUGGCUGGUGGACCAGGCGGUGGACUGCCUCUUCUUCGGAUCCUCGUUCGUCCACACUGGCUGGAAAGUUCUGGUGUUUUAAUGGAGCCUCUUUUUUUAUUUUUUUGGCUGGAUUUUUUCUUUUUUUCUGUUUGUUGAGUCUGGAAACAAAAUCAGUCAUUUCCUCCCAGAAUGUUUACUUCCAGAUCAUUUUCCAGGAGCUUCACACAGUAUUUUGCUGUAAUUUACUGGUCAGAGUUUCUUUAUGCAACCUGGAAAUCACAACGAGAAACAGCUGUGAGUUCCACCCGAGGCAAUAUUUCUCUAGCAAGAAAAUAGAUUAAACUUAAAGUAUUAAUGAUCUGCUGCGUUUAUCAGUUUUACUUCUGCAGAGACGUAGAUUCAGUGUGUCUUAUUCACUCGCAGGUUUUAACUGGCUAACAGCAGUAAUUCUUCCUGGAGGAAAGAGAUUUCUCAGUUUGUUUACUCAGAACUGGGUUUCUAAUCAGCUUUAAGGUGUGAACAUAAAAAGCGAAAAGUUACCUGGCUCAACUUUAAUUUUUAACUAAUUUUUAACUUUAAAACACAUUAAUGUAAUGCUAACGCUUGAUUUCUAGUGUUUAACCUCCGGCGGCGUAUUAAAGCCAUUUUAGGUAAAACCUAAAAGAUAAAUAACAGAUCUGGGAGAGGAGAGUUAAUAUUUCAUGGUAUAUGAAAUAUUAAUAUUUCAUGGGAAAAGAAAUCAGAAUUUCCCAGAUAAAAAUCUUUAAUUUAUAAGAAGAAAACGUGGAUAUUCUUUGAGAUUAAAAAGUUAAAGAUUUGUGGGUAAAACACUUAAAUUGAGGAAAAAAGUAGUACGGCCAAGAAAAAUUUACUUUAAAAUUUACAACUUUUAUCUCACAAUUUGAGUGUUUAUCUGUCUGAAUAUUACUCAGUUCCAUAGAAUAUUUAUUUUUACAUCAAAUACAUGGAAGUGUGAAUUAUUUGUGGAUGACUUUCUAAUGUAUUUCCAGGAAAUUUUCCAGAUAAAAAUCUUAAAAAUAUAUAUAUAUAAACUAACUAUAAAGUUAUAGAUUUGUUUGGAAAAAACUCAAAUUGAGUAAAAACGUGGUACAGCGAAGAUGCAUAUACGCGGUUUUUUUUCAUGUUCUGUCUGUGUUCUUUAAUGGAUAUAAAUGAAAACUUAUAUAAUGAAUAUAUUUUGCACCAUUCAGAUCACGUUUCUGCAGUGUUUAACGAAACAAUUUUUUCUUGUAAAUUUGUGAUUUUAGUCUGAGAAUUUCUGAGUUUUACUCUGUGAAUAUCACCGCCCUCUGCUGACUCCAUAGAUUAUUAUUAUAGAUUAUUUAUUUUUUACUUAGAAUGGCCUUAAUACUCCUUCGGAAUGCAAAGCAGCAUCGUCAUUUCAGACAAUGUGUUGAGCAAUGAAAUACAUGGGAGUGUGAAUUCUAUGUGGAUGACUGUGUUGUAAACGCCAUAUUUCGCCCAUUUUUUUUUGUGUGUUUUUCACAGCAAAAUAUAAGUUAUUGUACCUGAAAUACCGUUCCUCCGCAAACUCAGCUCCUUGCCAUUCUUAAAUCCAGGGAUUUUAAGAAACUUUCCUUCUUUUUUCUGUAUUCUGACUUCUGUGAACAAGUUUUCUCGUGUGACCAACUCUCUGGGAGGAAAUGAUAUUGAUAUAUUUUUUUUAAAACCCUGUCAGUGUUUUUUGAUCUUUUCCACGUUAACGGACGGAUUGUCACCCAACUAUCCUCCGGCUCUUCUUCAGUCUCUGUGAAGCCUUGUUGGAGAAAAGAUGUGCUUCCUUAAAAGCUCCUCGGCUUUUACUUUGACUCUCGGGGCCUUCGUUUAAGGUUUUGUUUACAGAUCCGUUUUUAAAAAUGACUUUCAGUUGUUGUAGCUGUUGAUCUGUGCGUCGCCUUCAUUUAUUAACAGUUUGACACCUCGUAGAUGUUAAACUCAGCCACAAGAUGAUAAGUUAAGUAUUUUAAUCUUUAGUUUUAAGCAGCAGGAAAACAAAGACACAAUCUGCUAAACCUGCUGCUCUUUUUUUAUUUGUUUAUUUUAAUAAUCCGUCACUGUGAAAGUUAAACCUCACCUCCUCCUAUUUUUCUCUGCUUACUAAACUUGUUCAUCAAAAGUUUUAAAGGGACAGUUCACCAAAAAUCUACAUGGAAGUUUUUGUCUUCUUAUUUAAGUGUUCAUGUUUUUUCCACAAAGGUCUCCUCUCCAAAACAAACAGACCCGCUGGUUAAAACUCUGAAUUAAGCAGAUAAUGUUUUCUCUGACUAAAUCCUUCAUCCGGUUUAAAUUAAAAGCUAAAAAAAACACUAGAAAUGUGACUUAAACCUGCAUAAAAAGUCAGUUAAUGCAGCUUCUGGUAGACUGAAGAGGAUAUGACGCUACAGACAGGCGACCAAAUCAAAAUUGUUGAAAUAUUUGGGAUAUUUUAAGUACAUUUCAAUGCAAUUCAACAACAUAUACAGCAUUUGUCUACUCCUUUUUAGUCUUUUUAAUUCUUAAAGUUACAAAUUAGACCUUUUUAAGUUGAUGUUAAACUAAACUCUUGAGAUAAUUGAAGCGAUUUUACUGCCUCCAUGAAGAUAAAACUGCUCAUUAGUUGAAAAAAUUAAUUGUAAUUUUUUAAUGAAGAGAUAUUGUUCUUGAGUUUUACAGUUUUGACCUUCAGGAUGAAGAAGUGAACUUUAGUUUUUUUGCUGAACUGUCUCCUUUAAAAUAAUCGAGCUGUUACGUUGAAUUAUUUUUGCGUUGACAAUCAUUUACAGUAUUUACAUAAAUCUGCCGCUGUAGGAGGACGAGAGUUUGAAUAUAAGAGUGUUAGCUGAAAGGUUAUUGAUGAAUCUGUGAGGAAACUAAUCAUCAUAUAGUACAGUUUACACAGUCGGACUUUGUGGAAUAUUUUAACUGUUUAUAAAUAAAACGAGAAGUUUAGUUUAUCAGGGACUAAUGAUUAUAAUUGUUGAAUCCACCAGUUACACCUAUAAAAUGUUGAUAUAUUGGUAAAAUUAUAGUCCAAGUUUACUUCUUCAAUGUCUUAUUUUGUCCAUUUAGCAUAUUAAUAAUUAUGUAAAAAAGAGAUAAGCAACAAAUCCUCACAGCUGAGAGGGUGUUCACACAGAAUAUUUAGACAUUUUUACUUGAAAUUGUUCAAACUGUGAUAAUCGAUCAUCAAAAUUAAUUGACUAAUCGUUUUCUGCUCAAGUCAACAAAACAAAAAUCUAUUCGCCAUCAGUUUCCAUCAAGAGAACUGCAGCUCAGAAUCUUGUUUUCUGUCCUCGAUAUCCUGUUCUGCCCUCAUCAGUACCGUCUCAUGUGGCGCCGUCUUGUUUUAAAGGAAUAGUUUGUUGUUUUGGGAUGUCACUGCACCCGGUCGCUGGUGGCCAACAAACUACUCAUAAAUAUUUAAAAUUCCUGUUUUUGUACAAAUAAAACAAACAAGAUGAAACGUGUUAAUUAGUGAGCUGUUUGUUAUUUGUACUUUGAACUGAGCCAGGCUAACGUUCCCCCCUGUUUCCAGUGAUUAUGCUAAGCUAAGCUAAUCACCUCCGGGCUCCAGCUCUGUAUUUAUCACACAAACAUGAGAAUGGUAUCGAGCUUCUCGUUUCACUCUCGGCAAGAAAUCAAAUUACGUGUAUUCCCUUAAAAAUAUCAAACUAUUCCUUUAACGUAAUUGUUAUUUAGUAUCAAAGACUUUCUAGGAUUAAAGAGAACUCUGGAUGUUCACCUUUUCACAAAUGUAUUUGUCUGCUGUCAGUUUUAUUCUUUAUUAUGUUUCUUGGUCUGUCUGGUGAACAAAUCUUGUUUCUAACAAUCUUAAAGUCUUCACAACAUUUCAGCUUUUCUGAUUCUGUUUUUCGGCUGAUCUGAAGUCAGUUUUUCUUCAUGGACAUGGGGGGGGCUCCAGUCGAUGGUACAGAUUUCUUGAGAACACGUGAACUCACUGCUGAAGGAGAGUAAACUGGUGAAACGGAGUGUUUGACGGUAAAAACAGCGACAUCUGCUGGUCAAACAUCCGCACUGCAUUUGUUCUCACUGCUGUCAUCGUGGAUAUUUUGUUCAAUAAAGGUCAAAUUAUGUA